AAGGAAGUCCUGAGUGAGAUGAAGGCAACUUUUUAGGGCUGGUUUACGCCCUUCAGAGACACACGGCUCUGUCCACGCCUCUUGCGCUCACUCUGGUAGCGUUACAGCACCCGGGAGCACCAUGUCGUGCAUGCGUAAAGAACCCGAAAUAAGCAAAACUGAGGAAUUACGCCACCAUGCCAGGAGCCAGAAGGUGAUACAAACGAACGUAAAGCUUCUAGGUAUGGAGGGCGAUCCAGACCUCCAGUUCCUCUUGAAAGGAGGAGACCUCCUUAAGGUCAAGUCUCACUCUUGGAAGAAGACCCGCUUUUUCAAACUCCAAGAGGACUGCAAGACCAUGUGGCUCGCCGUCGGCGAUAUCUCCGUGGUGCGGAUCGGCCGCCAGUCGGAGGGCCUGAGGAAGAACACGGAGGAGCAGGUGGAGGGCCGCUGCUUCUCCAUCAUGUUUAAGGGUCACCGCAAGAACCUGGACCUCAUCGCCAGCUCGGAGGAGGAGGCCAGGCAGUGGGUGAAGAGCCUGGAGAAGCUGGUGUCCAACAUCAGCAACCUGAGCCGCCAGCAGACCAGGGAGCACUGGAUCUUCAGCUGCCUGAGGAAAGCCGACAAGAACAAAGACGACAAGCUGAGCCAGUCGGAGGUCAAGAGCUUCCUGCGUCUGAUCAACAUCGAGAUGGACGACGAGUACGCGGAAAUGAUCUUCAAGAAAUGCGACAAAUCCAAAUCUGGGUUCCUGUCUGGGGAGGAGAUCGAACAUUUUUAUGACCUGCUGACCCAUCGAGAGGAGAUCGACGUCAUCUACGGGGAGUACGCCAAAAGCACGGGCUUCAUGAGCCCCGACAACCUGGUGGACUUCCUGCUGAAGGAGCAGAGGGAGAAGGCCACCCUGUCCGACGCGCAGAAAAUCAUCGAGAAGUACGAGCCGGACGAGCACGCCAAAGCGAAGAAGCUGCUCUCCAAAGAUGGCUUCCUCAUGUAUCUGCACCAUCCCGAGGCUAUGGUCCUCAACCCCGAGAACAAGGGGCUGUACCAGGACAUGCACCAGCCUCUCAACCACUACUUCAUCUCCUCCUCCCACAACACCUACCUCAUGGAGGAUCAGCUCAAAGGGCCCAGCAGCACCGAGGCCUACGUCAGGGCUCUGCUGAAGGGCUGCCGGUGCGUGGAGCUGGACUGCUGGGACGGGUCAGACGACGAGCCCGUCAUCUACCACGGCUACACCCUCACCUCUAAGAUCCUCUUCAAGGAUGCGAUCAAGGCCAUCAAGGAGUAUGCCUUCAAGACGUCCGACUACCCGGUCAUCCUCUCCCUGGAGAACCACUGCAGCGUGGAGCAGCAGGCGGUCAUGGCCCGACACAUGAGCUCCAUCCUGGGGAGCGCCCUGGUCACGUCGCCCCUGGGCGAGGGCAUGCCCAGCGACUUCCCAUCUCCGGAGGAAUUAAAAGGAAAGUUCCUGAUCAAGGGGAAGCGACUAAACAAGCUGGAGGCCGCCUUCGCCGAGGAGGCAGCAGCCGAGGACACCGGCGUGACGGAGGAGGAAGACUCCAACGACGAUGAUGAGGAGGAGGAGCAAAAGGAGAAGAAGAGCAAGAAAAAGCUGAAGUUGGCCAAAGAGCUGUCCGACAUGGUGGUCUACUGCAAGAGCGUCCACUUCCACGGCUUUGAGGACGCCAGGAAGAACCUCAGCUUCUAUGAGAUGUCGUCCUUUAAGGAGGGAAAGGCCAUGAAGCUGGUGGAGGAGUCGGCUAAUGCUUACAUCCGCCACAACGUGGACAAACUGAGCCGCAUUUAUCCAGCGGGCUCCAGGACCGACUCCUCCAACUACAACCCGGUUCCCCUGUGGAACGCCGGCUGCCAGAUCGUGGCCUUGAACUUCCAGACAAACUGCACAGACAUGGAUAUCAACCAGGGGAAAUUCCUGGUCAACGGCAAGAGCGGCUACGUCCUCAAGCCGGAGUUCAUGAGGGAGGCGGCCACGGAGUUCGACCCCAUCACGCUGACCAGAGGAGACUGGCUGAAGCACAAGAUGCUGCACGUCAUGGUGAGGCCGCCGGGGCGAGGCCCCGCCCUCCGAUGGCCGCCGGGCGCCAAACCGGGUACCAAACCGGAUACCAAACCGGGCAUCAUAUCGGCCCAGCAGCUCCCCAAAGUCAACCAGAAGAAGUCCUCCAUCGUGGACCCGCUGGUCAAGGUGGAGGUCUACGGCGUGCCGGCCGACGUGGCGGAGAAAGAGACAGCGCCCGUAUCCAACAACGGCUUUAACCCCGCCUGGAAUGAGAACUUCCAGUUCGACGUGUACGUGCCUGAGCUGGCGCUGGUCCGCUUCCUCAUCGAGGACCACGACUCCACGUCGGACAACGAGUUCGUGGGCCAGUACACGCUUCCCUUCAACAGCCUGCAGAUGGGAUACAGACACGUGCCCCUGCUGGAUCGGAACGGAAACCUCCUCCCCUCCGCCGGACUCUUUGUACACAUCAUGGUUGUUGAUGCCUAAUGAGACGUCGCUGAUCGCCUGCCCCCGGCCCGGACGCGCUCCUCCUCCAGAGCCAUGAUUUAGUUCAUCUGUAUUGUUCUAGAUUAUUAUUUUUUUCCUUAACACUUUUUUAGCUCACAAUUAACUUAUUGGUUUAAUUUCUGCUGCCUGUCUGAAAAGCCACUGCAAAAACUUAGGAAAGUACCACCAUCAUUUAGGACGAGAGUAUUACAAGGGUUGUAUUUAUUUUUGAGGUGUAUUACUUUUUCUUUUUUUUUUUGUGCUUUUUUGUUAAGUGUAUUUGCCAAAUUCUUAGUUAGGUUGGUGUUUGUUCAAAUCUUUUUACUCAUAUGAAUAUGUGAUGACAUGCAGAGAAGCGUAUGCUCAAAUGAAUCACUGUUGCCAUUAGUAAUUUUAGUCACUUCUUUUUUUAGGGAGUUAUGUAAUCAUGUUUUGUAAAUCAUUAGUGAAGAUGCUGUCAUAGUAGUAAAGCACAAUCUUUGUCACUUUUUUUAAAAUUUAUUCCCCACCACCACAACCACAGUGCAGGUAUUUUGAAACCUUCCUGAGAAGUUUCAUUUUUAAUAUAGGCGGCAUAGGCUAAGUAGCUUCUUCCAGAAUUCAAAUCACUGAUAAGUGAACUUUGAACAAACACACCUUCAGUACACAGUGUCAUUUUAGUGGGGUGGAGACAAAGUUUCUGAAUUUGAAACGCUAACAAUCGACUGCUCCCCAGACAGAAUAAAGAUUUUUCUUCUAUUGCUUUAGGAAAUGAUCUCAAAUGGUGUAAAGUUAUAAAUUAAACAUGAAUAUUUAUCAUAGGGUUGUUACAUUCUACAUAGACAAGGAGCACCAUGCAAGAGAUGGAAAAUGUGAUUCUUUUUUUUUUCUUUAAACAAAAAUCUGCAGAUUUGAAAUGAGCUUCACAGGCCUUUCGUACCCAACCUGUCAGGGAUAGUUGGAAUGUGACAGCAGUACUGAUAUCACGUCUGUGGCAGCACUGAAGGGUGUAAAAGACCUUCAAUAUCAGAUAUAUUAGGCACACACUGUACUGUUUAAGUUUUUAUAAAGCUAAAAUAAAAUGGAUGGGUCACUCUGCAAUAGAGAACAGAUAGUGCAGAACUUUAUGAAAAAAGAUGGCCUCUUGCACUGUGCAGCCAACAAAAUAUGGAAGACUUCUCAGUCUCAGCAAAAUCCUGAGACAUUACCCUGAGCUAAGGAAAAUAUGUACAAGUCAG